AUGUUCGCGGUAUCCGCCAAGACGAUCGCGCCGCGCGCGGCGUUCAAGACGCCGCGCGCGAGCGAACGCCGGCACACGACGGCGAUCCGCGCCGCGGGUUUGGACUUUUCCGAGCUCGAGGAGACGGCCGCGCCGCCCACGCGCGCUGUGCGCAAGGACGGUUUGUCCUCCAAGGAGGCCAAGCAGUCCAAGCGAUACCGCGCGGCGAAGAAAUCGGUGCCAUCUCGCUUAGAUGCCCAAGGUACGGCUGCGGCAAUCGACCUCAUGAAGAGCACGUCGACAGCCAAGUUCGAUGAAACCGCCGAGUUGCACAUCCGCCUCAAUAUCGACCCGAAGUACAACGAUCAACAGUUGCGCGCGACCGUUGCGUUGCCGAAGGGUACCGGUAAGACUGUCCGCGUUGCCGUUUUAUGUCAAGGCGACAACGUCAUGAAGGCGAAGGAAGCGGGCGCCGAUUUUGCGGGUGCGGAUGACUUGGUUGACGAGAUUGCCGGCGGUAUGAUGGACUUUGACUUGCUCGUUGCGACUCCGGACAUGAUGCCGAAGGUGGCCAAGCUUGGUCGCGCGCUCGGACCGAAGGGCCUGAUGCCAAAUCCGAAGGCGGGUACGGUGACGACCGACGUGGCGACGACGGUCACCGAGUUCAAGGGGGGUAAGGUUGAGUUCCGCGCGGACAAGCAGGGCAUUGUGCACGUGCCAUUCGGCAAGCUCAGCUUCCCGGCUGCUGAUCUCUCGGCCAACCUCCUGGCGGUUGUUGCCGCAAUUGAUGCCAACCGCCCGGUGGGCGCCAAGGGUGUCUACUGGCGUACGAUGUACAUUGCUUCGUCCAUGGGCCCGUCUGUCCAAGUCGACGUCGCGGCGGCUCGCGCCGAAGUCGCCGAAGCCGGUAUCGUCGCGGCUUAA